GUUGAGCUGAAUGGAAGUAACUAAAGCAAGAGGUCGAGCGAAGCUUUACAGUUUCUUUCUAACUUUAGUGAAACAAAAUCUAACCGUAUUUGCGCACGUUUACACUUAUUUGGAAACGAAAUUAUUAAUCAGCGAUAUUCGUGCCAUUUCUCUCGUUUUCAUUGGAAGUUUAUAGACUUUUUCUCGGUGCUUAUUUUCUAGGCUGGUUACUUGAUUUCAGGAAUCUCUAAUGACCACGCUGUCAGAAACACUUUCUCACACUUAAGAAGUGAGAUAAACACCAUAAAUACCCACUUUCCACGGCUUCGAGGGAAAAUGAAGUGGAGCAUAUGUAUCGUUAUCAUUGUCAUAUCGGUAGAAUCUGCGCAAGGGGGAAUAUAUCUCCACGAGCCCUGUGCCGGACGGGACUGCAGUCGAGGGUGUUCAUGUAUCCCGGAGAAGGGCAGCAGGGGUCAACCAGGACCGCUGGGUCCGCAAGGCCUGGUCGGGCCGCAGGGGUUUGUGGGAAGUCAGGGGGCGCCGGGACCCAAAGGUGAAAUGGGCCACAUGGGCCUCAGGGGCCCAUCUGGGCCUAAAGGAGACAAGGGUCCAAUAGGAGUGCCCGGCUUUCCAGGAACAGACGGCAUUCCGGGUCACCCAGGGCAAGAGGGAGGACGGGGCCUUCCAGGGCUGGACGGCUGCAAUGGCACCAUCGGCGACCCAGGUCCUAGGUCACUGGAUGGGUAUCCAGGCCCACCGGGUAAUCCUGGUCCAAAGGGUCCCAAAGGCCAAAAAGGAGAACCUGUCUAUGUUGGACAGAGCCAUGGCAUCAGGGGGGAGCCUGGUUUACCUGGACUGGAUGGUCUGGCCGGUCCUCGUGGUACCAUUGGACUUCCAGGCCUUAUCGGACCCCAAGGCCCAGAUGGAUUUCCUGGACAGCCCGGCCCUCCGGGGUCACCCGGCCUCACGGGAAGCCCCGGAUCUGGAUUCAAGGGGGAAAGAGGAGAAAAGGGGGAUCCUGGUCUGCCUGGACCCCCAGGAAUGCAGGGGGACACAACACUAGUAGCUGCACCUACAAGUACCAUUUUCAAAGGACCCAAGGGUGACCAAGGCUUCAGGGGCUUUCCAGGCGUGCCUGGAUCUCCAGGACUGCCGGGACCUUUCGGAUAUCCUGGUGAGCCAGGCGAGAAGGGCAUCCUUGGGUUGCCUGGAGGACGGGGUGAUCCUGGCUUUUCUGGACAGCAUGGACCUGCCGGCAGAAAGGGAAUAGCAGGAACUCCAGGAUUCCCUGGAGAGCCAGGAUUUCCAGGAGUUAAAGGGGACCAGGGAGAUCCUGGCUUCCCCGGACCUCCUAGCUACCAUGUUGGACCACCUAUACAAGGUCCCCCUGGGGACCCGGGCAUCGACGGUGCCCCUGGUCCACACGGUGAUAUGGGACCCAUUGGCUUCCCAGGCCCAUCGGGGCCACCAGGGGCCACCUCUUCUUUGUACCCAGGUCCCGAGGGGCAACAGGGCUUCCCAGGUCUGAAAGGGGUCAAAGGGGAGAAGGGAAGCUCAGGGCAGCCAGCCUAUGGCCAUGAGGGUUUGCCGGGAAGCAUUGGACUGCCAGGCCUGGCUGGGCCUCCUGGUUCACCAGGUCCACCAGCCAUACCGAGACCACGCCCGAUUGGCGAGCCUGGACCAAGAGGGACACCAGGACUGUCAGGAAGCAAAGGAAUUAAAGGAGAGCAAGGGGACUGCAAUUGUUUUGGGGACGGGACUCUUGAACUCCAAGGACUUCCAGGAGAACAGGGUCCCUCUGGGGCACCUGGGUCAUUUGGCCGGAAGGGGGAUGCAGGGAACCCCGGCUCACAGGGGCUCCCCGGACAUCCUGGUCCAAAGGGUCCCCCUGGCCCAGCAGGUCACCCUGGCCUUAAGGGGGAGAAGGGAGAUUCCUUUGUCCCCUUUGGUCAGGUUGAGAAAGGGGAAUUGGGUUUUCCGGGACUGCGUGGAGCUCCAGGAGAUGCUGGGAGACCUGGAAGAGAUGGUUUUCCAGGGUCUCCUGGGCUUAGAGGACCACCUGGUGACAGCAGCUUUAGGAUCGUUGGAGAUAGAGGCUUUCCAGGCAUUCCUGGAGCUAAGGGGAGGCCAGGCGCUGUGGGGCAGCCCGGCAUUUGGUCCCCGGGUGUCAUAGGACUCAGAGGACCGCCUGGUGAACCAGGAUUCGAUGGCCUUCCAGGACAGCCUGGGUUACCGGGGCCCAAAGGUGACUGUUGCUGUGGGCUGGCUGGGGUUAGUGCGGCCGCUUACACUGAGGGAGGAAUGCCGCUACCCUGCCUGAUCUCAGGCGAGGAUGGUGACCCAGGACCUCCUGGAUUUCCCGGGAAUUCAGGUCAGAAAGGUCAGCCUGGUUUCCCCGGGGUGAUGGGCCAACCAGGGUUUGAUGGUUCGAAGGGUGAGAGAGGAGACCAAGGCUUUGGAGGUCAGCCUGGACCGAAAGGUUUCCCAGGGCCCAGGGGAGAUGCAGGGGCCAGAGGACAGCCAGGUGAAAAUGGCCGUCCCGGGACCCAAGGGAAAGCUGGUCUGCCGGGCUUCAGGGGGGACAAGGGACUGCCCGGGGAAACCAUGGGAGCCUCUCCUGGAGGCCGAGGCCUGCCUGGACUUCCAGGAGAAUUAGGAGUCAAGGGACAGCCUGGCAUCCCUGGCCUACCUGGAGGAAUUGGUUUCGAUGGGCGUGUGGGACUUCCUGGACCCAAAGGGCAACGAGGUGCCGAUGGAGCCAUUGGAAGCGCAGGCUUACGUGGCCCCCCAGGAGAAGGCACCUCGAAGGGGAUAGUAGGACCUCCUGGACCAGUGGGAAUCAGGGGUAAUCAAGGACCUCCAGGAAUGCUGGGGUUAAAGGGGUCCACCGGUGAUGCAGGACCACCAGGUCCGGGUGGAAUAAAGGGCCAGCCAGGAUUUCCAGGAGAGGCCGGCCUGCCUGGGCUCAGGGGUCCCCCUGGUCCUCCGGGUCCUGAAUCAAGAAGCGGCUUCCCUGGAUCUCCAGGAAAAAAAGGUGAAAAGGGGUCUCCUGGUAUGCAGGGAUUCUCAGGAAUGCCAGGACAUCCAGGCCAACCUGGUCUGCCAGGAAUCAAGGGCAGCCCUGGUUUCCCUGGAAGGGAUGGGAAUCCAGGAAGUUAUGGAAGACAAGGAAGUAAAGGUAAUCGAGGGGAACCUGGUCGACAGGGACCAGCGUCUUCGCCGCCUCUAUAUUUGCCCCUAAUACUUGGUGAAAAUGGCGACGUCGGCCUGCCAGGAGGCCCAGGAUUCCCUGGGCCCAGAGGUGACAAAGGAUUCCCAGGUCAGCCAGGCCGUCAGGGUCUGCCAGGUAUUCCUGGAUUUCCUGGACAGGAGAGGGGUCCCCCUGGUGUCCCUGGACUCCCAGGAUCUCCAUCCUUUGUAGGCUCUCCUGGACCUAAGGGGUUUCCUGGAAUCAUGGGCUUCCUCGGCAUGCCAGGGCCAAGGGGCGAUGAUGGCUUUCCUGGACCAUCUGGCUUUCCUGGAGAACCUGGGUUAUCUGGUCCAAAAGGUGAGAGGGGAGAUUCCUACAGCUCCCCUGGAGCCCCUGGCAUUAAAGGGCUGCCUGGUGACCCAGGAUACCCAGGGAACCAAGGUGCUGCGGGUUUAGCAGGAGAAGAUGGCUACCCUGGGACCUCUGGCUUCAGCGGACAGAAGGGUGUCCCAGGAGAUCCAGGCCAGCCAGGGCCGUCGGGAGCCCCAGGGUUUCCUGGUAGUCAGGGUCUCCCAGGUCCUCAGGGGCGUCCAGGGCUAGGAGGUGCUGCUGGCUUUCUGGGAGCUUCAGGAACACAGGGCCAGAAAGGAUUGCCUGGACCUCCUGGACUUGAUGGUCUAAAUGGACUUGGGGGGGCAAAGGGACCCACAGGAACCCCAGGUCUGGACCUCGAGGGCCGGCCAGGCUCCCAGGGUUUUCCUGGCCAGAAGGGGGAUAGAGGUUCUCCUGGGUUUGGAGCACCAGGCCUGCCAGGAGAGCAAGGUCUCAAAGGAGAGCCAGGUGUUCCUGGUGAGCCUGGACCUCCUGGUCGCCUUGGUCUACCAGGGACCACACCGUUCUCCAGCAUCCCAGGCCUUCCCGGAAGCACAGGCUUGCCAGGAUUAGAUGGGGAACCAGGUUUCCGCGGUCCCCCUGGCCCACCAGGCCCUCCAGGUUCAGGUACAGCACAAGGUGACAGGGGAGAUCCAGGAUUCCCCGGCUUUCCUGGAGUACCGGGUCCCCGCGGUGAUCCCGGCCCUAAUGGAUCUCCAGGGCUGUACGGUGGUCAGGGACUCAAGGGUGAGAGAGGAAACCGUGGGCUCAGUGGCCUCCCAGGACCAGAGGGCUACCCUGGAGACCCCGGCUACUUUGGGGCCAAAGGACAAAAAGGGCAGAAGGGUCGCCCCGGCCCGAAGGGCCCCCCUGGGAUGCCUCCUCCUCCUAACAUCCAUAUCGACCUGCCCAAAGGCCCGCCGGGCCCCCCAGGUGAAAGAGGGCAGAUGGGCCAUCCUGGACAACCAGGCCUACCAGGUCCAGCAGGCCUGAAAGGCAGAAGCGGCCUCCAAGGCAAGCCGGGGGCCAGUGGGCCCGAAGGCUCACCAGGACCCAGGGGAGACCUUGGCAUACCUGGAUUUCCGGGACAGACUGGGGACCAAGGUUCCCCUGGCAAACAGGGCCUCCCUGGCCCACCUGGCAUCUCGGCACGCAGCAGCAAUGUCGGCUACACGCUGGUGAAGCACAGCCAGAACAGCCAGGUGCCGCCAUGCCCCCAGGGCAUGAGCCGGCUGUGGGAGGGCUAUAGCCUGCUCUAUGUGGAGGGCCAGGAGAAGGCCCACAACCAGGACCUCGGCCUCGCUGGGUCCUGCCUGCCCCACUUCAGCACCAUCCCCUUCAUCUACUGCAACAUCCAUGAGGUAUGCCACUUCGCCAGCCGCAACGACAAGUCCUACUGGCUGUCCACAGCGGCACCCAUCCCCAUGAUGCCUGUGUCAGACGGGCAGAUCCCCAAGUACAUCAGCCGCUGCUCUGUGUGCGAGGCCCCAUCCCAGGCCGUGGCUGUCCACAGCCAGGACCACAGCAUCCCACCCUGCCCUCAGGGCUGGAGAAGCCUCUGGAUCGGCUACUCUUUCCUCAUGCACACGGCAGCAGGAGCGGAGGGUGGUGGUCAGUCCCUGGUCUCGCCGGGGUCCUGCCUGGAGGACUUCCGUGCCACGCCCUUCAUUGAGUGCAGUGGCGCUCGCGGGACCUGUUACUACUUCGCGAACAAGUACAGCUUCUGGCUGACGACUAUCAAAGCAGAGAUGCAGUUCGUCGAGGCCCCGACCCAGGAGACCCUGAAGGCUGAACAGAUUCUCAGGCAUGUCAGUCGCUGUCAGGUCUGCAUGAAGAUACUGUAGCCAUGGCCACAGGAAGGCAGAGGAGCUGAGGAACCGAUUGGGCAUUCAACAGAAGACAAAGAACGCGAGUGAGCAUUUGGGCCCUUCCGCUACAACAUCCAGAGCGUGGCCACCUUGCUGGGCUUAAGACCAUAAUAGCCAGGCCUCAGUGUGCUGGUUCUUAUCUACUGUUGGUCUUACCGUUAGUGAUUCUAAAUGCUUCUGUUUCUCAUAGCCUGCCAUCCUUCAGUUACCCAGGGCUACCUCGCCAAGGACACUAGAGCAUUCUUGAACAAGCACUGAAUUGUUUUAUCUUUUUUAUACAAUUGUAAUUUGAAUAGAUAUUAUACAUUUUGAUUUAUUGCCUGACAAAAAAAAUGUAUUGAUUGAACUGAAGCCAAAGUAAUUUUUCUUGUCUUAUUUCACUGAAACCUCCAUUAAAUUGGUCAAUAUGA